UAGAACCCGGCUGCAGCCAGAAGAACAUUCAGUCGCCGUCAGCACCGGGUUACUCAAGAGAACUGAGCUGCCUCUCCAAUGAGUUUCAUAAUUAGGUUGUGUAAGGGCACGUUGACGUGUGAGGGCUUUAGAAGCCAGCGGGCUACAAAAGCAGUUCCUUGCCGCACUGAAAACACCGAGUUACCCCCCCAGCUCGGACUGCGAACCAACCAUGAAAACGAACAGGGAGAAAGUAAUUGGAAGUCAAGUCAUUUCAGCCGAACUUGUGGCAGGACUACUACUCAGCAUAGCGUAUAGGAUGUGUUCCAGUUUGGCUUUUUCCUCAGAGGGGGAAAGCGUCAGUGACUGGAGCGCGCAGUUUGAAGUAACGCGCUCACUCGUAUGUGUGUGGGUUGCUAGUAAUGUUAAGUUCAUUUUCUUCAAAAGCAACAACCAUCCACUUUCUCUUUCUGCUCAUGCCAUUUCGAGGCUUGUUGCCUUAAUUUCAUUGCUGGGAGUCUGCAGAGAGGCACACAUUCAAGGAAGAGACCUCAGACAUCCUCCCAUGGUGGAUGUGGCAGUGUUCUUGUUCUUUCUUCUAAGCAGUUUGAAUCUUUUGAUCUUGGAUCACAAUCAGUUGAAAGGCUCUUUGAAACGAUCUGAACUGCUCACUAAGCCCCAGAGGUUUUUCCUUCAAAUGGAUUUCUUUGCCAACUUCAUUUGUGGCCUCAUGUGGUUGGUUUUUCCAGGAUGGCUUCUCGGGUCACAGAUUAAUGGAUCUGAGGAUCAUAUUUAUCUCACCCGUGUAUGUGGAGCCAUGAUGGUCGGAGACAGCUUUGCUUCUUUUACCACGCAGAAGCAAAUGGGAACCAAUGAGGUGUCUGUCUUCAGUAGCCGGGCUGUGGGAACUUUGGCGGUUGUCAUCUUCAUGAUCCACACACAGCUCACCACAUCAGCAUGGAAAACCCCAAAUCUCUGUUUGGGCCUACUAGGGGUCAGUCUCUGGGCUGGAAACUCCAUCCUUGGCUACCUGAGCUCCAAAGACAUGAGGACAGAGUCAGUGAACAGUAUAUACUGGCAUGCUGUACAGAGAAAGGAUAGAAGACUUUAUGUACAAUAGAUAUUUUGACAUCAUCCUUUAUGAUGUUUUUGCCAAACUAUUUAUACUGUAAAAAUAUAUUUGUUUUUUGACUAUUAAACAGAUGUAUUUUUUUGUAAAUAAUGGUUCUUGUUAAUUUAUACUCAUGAAUGUUGUAAAAUAUUACUUUCAAGAUGCAAUGUAGAUAUGCAAAUAAAGACAAAAUUGUCUGGUGACUUGAACGGCACUUCAUAUAAACUGAAAGUUAACAGUGCUUUGUCAGCUGUCCAUGAACCUCCUCCUUUCACACGCUUAGGUGUUGAGUCAUUCGCUUCCAGUAUGCACUGAACCAUUUGUUUUGUAACUUUGGAUUUAUUUAUUUUUUUGUUAUUUAACAUCCUGUUGUUGUUUUUUUAAGCAUAUGUUUUGCUAUUGUUUCAAGCGAUUUUUCCAUGAGUAUUAAUUUAAAUAUGUUCUGUUCUUCACUCUAAAUUCUGGUUCCCAUGAGAACAUACACUCUGUUCUUUCUUUUUUUCCCUUCUUUCUUACCGCUGGCCAAGUGGCUAUAUCUUCUAGGGUCUCAUUCUUGAGUUGAUUGUCACUGGCAGCUUUAUAAGUGUUUGGCAGUUGUUUGGUCUCUUUGGCAAGGCCUGUGCGAGCAGUAACAUUGACCUUAAUUAAACUUCAUUCCUCCUGCAAAGGCCAUGAUGUUGUCCAAUCUAACAAGACCCUGCAAAACCAAAUAAACAGCUUUACCGUGCAGCUGAGAUCUAUUAACACCUCUAACAAACUCUGCCCAGUGCCUUGCACAAGAGAUCUGCUUCAACAGCUCAGUUAUGGCACAAUGUGUUUUAAAUAUGGCCACUUGAUGGCGCUGUAUACACAGAAAUUACAUCCUCUGGUUCUCCCAAAACAUCAAGCUGACAACAGUGCUGGUAAAUUUACCAUGAACUGUUAUUAAAAUGCCAUUUCUAAAUUACAGUUGGAUAAUCAGAACCGAAAAUACUUGAUGUAGCAUAAUUAUCCUAAU